AGGUUAAAUGGCCAAGACAGACAAAUGGAAUUAGGCCUUGCUGUGAAGACUUCCAUUUUCUUCUCAGUACCUGACCAUUUAUGAUGAGGCAGCUUAUGAAAGUGUGAUGUUUGCUUAUUUCCUCGCAGGCUACUGAGCUGGAGAUAGCGGCUUAGUUAUGAGCUCCUUGAUUUUCAUCCCAUUGUUGAAGAAGGUCUGCAAAUCUAUUCUGUGGGGAUAAACAAUGCAUCUCACACAGGCCACAGUAAACACAAGUGUGAAGGAAACAUUUGUCAUGGAAGCCAGGGAGCUGGAAAGCCCCACACCAACCUACCAUCUCAUUCCCGAGGCCAGCCAGCCCAAGGAAGAUGUCAACAUGCAACCUCAACAGACUGCAGAAACUAUGCAGCUAAAGAAGGAGAUCUCGCUGUUGAAUGGGGUCAGCCUGGUGGUGGGCAACAUGAUCGGGUCAGGAAUCUUUGUCUCACCCAAGGGCGUGCUGGUAUACACUGCCUCCUAUGGGUUGUCGCUGGUCGUAUGGGCCAUUGGUGGGCUUUUCUCCGUUGUUGGUGCCCUUUGCUAUGCGGAGCUGGGGACCACCAUCACCAAGUCUGGGGCCAGCUAUGCUUAUAUUCUAGAGGCCUUUGGGGGCUUCAUUGCCUUUAUCCGUCUGUGGGCCUCCUUGCUAAUUGUUGAGCCCACCAGUCAGGCCAUCAUUGCCAUCACCUUCGCCAACUACAUCAUCCAGCCCUCGUUCCCUACCUGUGAUCCCCCAUACCUGGCCUGCCGUCUCCUCGCUGCUGCUUGCAUAUGUCUGCUGACAUUUGUGAACUGUGCUUAUGUCAAGUGGGGCACACGUGUUCAGGACACAUUCACUUAUGCCAAGGUCCUAGCGCUCAUUGCCAUCAUUGUCAUGGGCCUCGUUAAACUGUGCCAGGGACACUCUGAGCACUUUCAGGACGCCUUUGAGGGUUCCUCCUGGGACAUGGGAGACCUCUCUCUCGCCCUCUACUCUGCCCUCUUCUCUUACUCAGGUUGGGACACCCUUAAUUUUGUAACAGAAGAAAUCAAAAACCCAGAAAGAAAUUUGCCCCUGGCCAUUGGGAUUUCUAUGCCAAUUGUGACGCUCAUCUACAUCCUGACCAAUGUGGCCUAUUACACAGUGCUGAGCAUUUCAGAUGUCCUUGACAGUGAUGCCGUGGCUGUGACAUUUGCUGACCAGACAUUUGGCAUGUUCAGCUGGACCAUUCCCAUUGCUGUUGCCCUGUCCUGCUUUGGGGGCCUCAAUGCAUCUAUCUUUGCUUCAUCAAGGUUGUUCUUCGUGGGCUCCCGUGAGGGCCACCUCCCGGAUGUUCUGUCCAUGAUCCACAUUGAGCGUUUUACACCCAUCCCUGCUUUACUGUUCAAUUGUACCAUGACACUCAUCUACCUCACUGUGGAAGAUGUUUUCCUGCUCAUCAACUACUUCAGCUUCAGCUAUUGGUUCUUUGUGGGCCUGUCUGUUGCUGGACAGCUCUAUCUUCGCUGGAAGGAGCCUGAGCGACCCCGGCCUCUCAAGGUCAGUGACUCUGGACAGACUAGGAGGGAUGGGCCAUCUCCCCACGGUGACUUCUCUAAACCCUGUUCCCCCUUAGCACUUUACCUAAUAUCUCACCUCCCUUCAUUUCAGCUGAGCCUGUUUUUUCCCAUCGUGUUCUGCAUAUGCUCCUUGUUCCUGGUGAUUGUGCCUCUAUACAGUGACACCAUCAAUUCCCUCAUUGGCAUCGGGAUUGCCCUCUCUGGGAUUCCUGUCUACUUCGUGGGUGUUUACUUGCCUGAGUCCCAGAGGCCAGUCCUUAUUCGAAAUGUCCUGGGUGAGCUUUUUUGCCUGUUAUUCAGUGUGUGUGUGUGUGUUUGUACGUGUACGCAGAUGCAUGCAGAGGUGGGAGUGGUAGCUAACAGCUUCCCCUAUACUAGUGAUGUGCUAGAGACCAUGAGACCUGGUUGUUCCACAUGACUUCUUCCCUUUUGAUCUUGACAUGAGCACUUUAGUUCUAACUUUAGAGUCCUAUUUUUGGGUUAAAACACUUUUAAAAGUGCAAUCCAUGUGGGAAGACGAGGAGUCAUGCAUUACUUUCUGGUUGGGCACAGAAUGAAGGACAGUGAUGCUUGCUGGUGGUAAGAGGCAAAGCCUUGUGCAGGACACCCAGGGGACAGGUGGGAAGGAGCCACAGAUCUGCUUUAAUCAACUUUGGGGUGUUCAUAUUGAGUUGUAGCUGUCAGCUUGCUGAAUUCUGUUCUCUAUUUUCAUUUAGCUGCUGUCACCAAAGUCACCCAGCAGCUUUGCUUUUGCGUCCUGACUGAGCUUGAUGUAACUGAAGAAAAAAAAGUUGAGAGGAAAACGGACUAGAGGCCAGAGGUGAUGUCCCUUGAGGCCUGGAAGGCCAACCACAGCCACCAAAGUCCAGAUGACAAGACUGCAAGCCCACCUUUCUUAUUCUAAAGGAGUUUGGUGGCCCACAUUGUAUAAGGGGGGCUCAGAGCUGAUGGCCUGCUCUGGUGGUUACUCUCAUUGGUAAGCUACGGGAGAAGACUCAGGGUCUGAGGCAAGCCUGAAGGUGGGAACUUUAUAGAGGGUGGUGGUGGGGAGGGCUUGGUCAGGGGAAUAGUUGUUUAGUUUUAUUCCUGGUGAGUAGGUACAGCUUACCAAACACUUGGCGAACUGCACUGGGGGAAGAGGGAUUGCUAGGUUAAUAGAUGUGGCUGGUGGUUCUGAAUUUGUUAUUUGAGGUUUGCAUCAGGAGCCUCUACAAAGGGGCUGCUUUAUGGGAAGGUUCCCUCUGAUCAGGUCCAAGCACUGACUCUAGAGGCCUGAAAUGCUACCAUUUCUUCCUCUGACUCAGAAUCUUUCCCUGGGAAGACAGUUGUAUUUCAUUAUUUAUUGAUAUUUAAUCCAGUACACCAAUUCUAGCAGAGCACUGGUGUUCAUUCAUCUACAGGAUGCAAUAAGCUGAUUGUGUUUAAAAACUCAAAAGUACCCCCAACCGAGUCCUUCUGCCCUUAGAGGUGUCUCUGCGUGGUGGUGUGGGUCAGCCUCUGAUCACAGAUUUUUUUUGCUUGGUUUUACGCACAAUCUUCUGUUGAGUCUUAGCUGCAUAUUUUUUUUUUUACUCAUAUAUUGGUUACACUUUAGUUAGUAGGUCACAGAUUAUAAGCACCUGGCUCAAAUCAGCAAAGACGAAUCAACAAAUUCAUGAGUCAGAAGUCUGAUAAUACUGCUAUUCUGAAAGAUAAUCCCUUAUUUUACUUGAGACCUCAGGUCCUUAUUCUAAAUGAUAGAAGGUAAAUCUCUGGUUUCUGGUAUGAACUUUAGGAGGACAUAAACUGUUUUAGAAGUGGAUUACCUGGAUUCUCUCAGCCAUUCAAUGGCUUAGAGAACAUCUCAUGGACUCAAGCCACCAAAUAGCUUGUUUCUGUCAGGGCUGGUGUGAGGAACUGCUGUGCAGACCCCGCCAAGCCCACCUUGGUGCUAGAAGUGGUCAUUUACCUUUUCCGAAAACCUCACACCAGACUGCAUCCUCCUCUUCUGUCCUUGACACUGGGCUUUGUUUACACUCUGAACUGUCUUGGUGUGGAUCAUCAGGAUAGUGCAUUCCUGUCCUGUCUGCCUCCCUUUGCUGGAGGUCUGGUGGGCCUGCAGUCUCAGGAAGAGCUUGGUACUUGUGUGGACUUCUAUUUCUCCCUUUGGAGGUCAGAGAAGACUUUGGGGGACAAAGCUGCUUCAACCUCAAUCUGGCUCCUCAGCAGACUGCAUGUUUGGAAGCAACUAAUUCUGGUGCUCCAGGGUGUGCUUUAGCAUCCAGGUCAGGCCUAAUGGGUGUUCCCUCGUGGGCAGCCAUGGUUGCAGUGGACUGUACAACUGUCCAGACUUCACCCAGGAACCCUUCUGUGGGAGGGAAUCCAGAGACUCCCUACUGUCAUCCUGGGUCCAGAGGAACCUGCUAACUUGGCUAACCCCAUGCCUGGACUUCUUAUCCUUUUGUUUUAGAACUGGUCAAUGGUAAAGAUAAGAACUAUGAGGCAAUCUCCCUUUCUGAACAUUAUUUUCCAUCAAAUGGCCAGGGGAGUAACCUUGGCCAUACCUGUUCAAUAAAGACAAUUUAGGGGAGCAUGAUCACAGCUGCCUUCGGUUCAGGGCAUGCAUGGAUGAGAAAAUGAGGGGACAUUCCUACUGUCAUGGGUUGGGGAUUUGCACAGCACAUUCCUUCCUGGCAAUAGGGAGUCUCUCACUUGCCUGGAGUAUGUAAACAUGACUCCUGUCUGAGCCAAGAUGGCACCUAUCCCAGGGAUCCUCUGGAGCUAAUCCUUUAAGCAGAGUGUGUUUGUCUUAAGGAUCCUUGACCCAGGUUUCAGCUUUCUCCACUGAAGUAAAUGACCAGCUAAUCCCAGGAACUUGCUGCCCCCAGUGGCUCCUGGGAGAAGCACGGGCCUCACACCCUAAGUGCCCCAGGACAAGCUUAGUGAGCCAUGUCAUCCUCCUCUCAUUACUGGAUGGCAACCGCAUUCUUCCCCUCUGUGCUGGAUACAGACUUCACCCAGGAACCCUUCUGUGGGAGGGAAGCCAGAGACUCCCUACAGCACUCAAGCUUCAUGGUGGAAUUAAAUUUCUGCAAGGUCUUUGUUGUUCGUCUCCUUCAAUCCUUCUCCUGGUGUGCUAAUCCCUUUUGCAGUAGGUACAGUAUGUGAGGUUGUCAGCCCUUUAAUGUUGGCAAACUUUAACGAGUACAUGAACAGCAGUGAGCACAUUAUAAUGGCAUGGAGUGGUUUUUAAUCCUUUGUUUCUAUGCCUACAGAAGACUAAGGUGACUAGUAUUAUAGACCUAUAAAUUGCUGCCUGUUGCAACUCUGAAUUGUACCUUUGUGCAUAGCUAGGAUAGUUUCGUUGGUUUUCUAACUGCAAGAGCCUGAGGAUGUGAACAUACAGAAUUUAACCACUUAGGCAGGUUUAACAUGUGGAUAGGAACUAAUGUAGGUGAAGACCUACAAAAUGAAUACAGAAAGAAAGAAUGGGUGGAGGCAGGAUGGAAAAAGAUAUGAAAUCUUAAAAGAUGUGGGAAGACCACCUAUCCCUGUGUACUGAUAGUGAGUCUGUGCCACAUGCCAAGAAGGCACAUUUUGAACCAAAGAUUCUGUGAUUUUGUGUAUUGUUUUCCUAGACCUGUGCUGUCCAGUAUAGUAACUACUAGCCACAGGUAGCUAAUUAAAAUAAAAUAAAAAAUCUGAUUCCUCAGGCGCACUAAUCAUAUUUCUAGAGCUGAGCCACAUGUGGCUAGUGGCUACUACUAAACAUAUCCAUCUUUGCACAAAGUUCUGUGGGACAAUGUUACAUUAGAAGAAUAAAUGCCAACUCAGAGUUAAGAUAUUUGUGGUAUGGAAAGAAGUAGGGUCAGGGUUUCCUUACAAGGAAUCUAAGUUUUGGUAACAGAAUUGGUCACUGUUUUUGGUGAGUGCUGUGAAUAGUUGACCUUUCUCAUUGGAAAGCUACGUUUAUGUUUUCCUUUUCCUCACUUGCCCGAAGUCCUUAAGUGUCUAAGGUCAAUCCUGAAACUUCUGUCUCACUAACCCCCUCCCCCCAUCUUUGGUGGAGGGUAGGGAUGGGAGAGAGUGUGUACAGUGGGAAAACAUAUGUAUAGACAUUGAGAUCUGGGGAUGCCUGGGUGGUUCGGUUGGUUAAGCAACUGCCUUCGGCUCAGGUCAUGACCCUGGAGUGCCGGCACUGGGUCCCACAUUGGGCUCCCUGCUCAGCAGGGAGUCUGCUUCUCCUUUUGACCCUCCCCCCUCUCAUGCUCUCUCUCUAAUAAAUAAAAUCUUUAAAAAAAAAAAAAAAAAGACAUUGCGAUCUGGGUACCUGGGUGGCUCAGUCAGUUAAGCAUCUGCUUUCGGCUCAGGUCACGAUCCCAGGGUCCUGGGAUUGAGCCCUGUGUCAGGCUCCCUGGUCAGUGGGGAGCCUGCUUCUCCUAAUAAAUUAAAAAAAAAAAAGAUACUCAGAUUUAAAAGGUUUUUAAGUAGGGGCACCUGGGUGGCUCAGUCAGUUAGGUGGCCGACUCUUGAUUUCGGCUCAGGUCAUGGUUUUGGGGUCCUGGAAUUCCCCCUCCCCCCAUUGGGCUUUGUGCUCCAUGCAGAGUCUGCUUGAGGAUCGUUCUCUCCCUCUCCCUCUGCCCCUUCCUCCUGCUCGUGUUCUCUCAAUAAAUCUUAUAAAAAAAAAAGUUUUCAAGGAAUUUUCUUGCUCCCUUUAAUUUUUACUAAACACAGAGUAUCACAUUCAUAUGUCCUGUUCUCCCUGGAACAAAGGAAGACAGCAGUCUUUACAACCAUUAUCAGAGUCAGGAAGCAGGGCGGUGGAGACAGCUAUUAACUUAAAACCUCUCAGAGCUCAGGCAGAUUCUACUUCCCUCUCUAACAGCCACCACUAUCCCGUCGGUGUUGCUAUAAGGGACCCAAUGUAGCCCUUCUAGAUUCCAUCUAUCAAAAGAAACAGGCUUUUAGUGGAGGCAGUGGCCUGGUGGUAUGGGAAAGCUAAAGCUUAGUGCUAAGGAAACAGAAGUUUCUCUUCCACUUACUGGCUUUAGCACAGGAGAAUGGGAAAAUCCCCAGGCCAGGAAGCUUCACUUUUAUGGCAUUUUUUCCUCCAGACUAUAGAGUCACUUUUGACUGAGGCAAAGGGGUCCUACUGUUACUGAAAAAGACACAGUCCUUUAGCACACGUUUUCACUGGUAGGAUGGUGCUGCUGGACAUGCUUUUUCCUUUCGUGUUAAGCUAGAAAACCCAGGGAUGUUACCAGGAUGGCUGAAGCUGCAGUCAGAGCCCUCAGGGCACAUGACUGAACUUCAUAGAUACCACAGGAUCAUCAGUCUGAAUCCAGGUCAUGGGGGCUGUCAUAGCCAAACUCCUUCUGCACAUCCAAAGGGUAUUUGCUCCACAUCUGUGGUGGGCCGUUGCCUCUUUCCUCUUCGCUGAGGCUGUCGUAUUCAUCAGAGCCUAGAAUGAUAACAGGAAUGGGCUCUGAGUUUCUAGGUGACCAUGAUAAUCGUUUCCCAUCUCAGGAAGGUCUGUGUUUUUUUGUUGUUGUUCUUCCUUCUACAAUACUAGCUCAGUAAAGAGAAUUUAGGGGGGGAAAAAAGCAAGCCUGUUUGUACUACCUAAACCAAAUCCCUCAACAACAUUGGGAGUAUUUUUUCAUUUCUCCCCUAAGGAUAGGAUUUCUUUUUGUUAUUAUAGUUGUAGUCAUACUGUAAACAUAAUUUCACGUCUGCCCCUAUCCUUUUAACAUAUCAGUACUUCCCAGAUAGAAUAGUCACAGUUUAAUUAAUUGUCCUUCCAUUAACAGACACUGAGAAAUUCUUUUUGUUGGCACAAAGAACAUAAUCCUUGAAGGAUCUGUGUCACCAGAGUAUCUUUCCUUCCUCUUUCCCCCAGCUACCAUGUCUGUGUGUUGCAUCUUUCUCAAAACAUUGUAAACAAAGCAACUUCUUGAGAAGUUAGAUAACUGAUCUGUCAAAAUCCUAGCCCUGCUCCAACUGGCAAACCUCUUCAAUACCUUCUUGACUGAAGCAGGAGAAGAGACACUGACCUAAGAUGUUUCUCUUAAUCCCAACCACUGAAGUUAGUGCAAUAUUCUCCUGUUUUCUGGAGAGAGGAUGAGGCUCCAUGAGGUGAAGUAACUUCCCCAAGUCCUACAGAUAGGAAAUGACAGAACUAAGGAUUUGAGGGGCGCCUGGAUGGCUCAGUCGUUAAGCGUCUGCCUUCAGCUCAGGUCAUGAUCCCAGGUCCUGGGAUCGAGCCCCGCAUCGGGCUCCCUGCUCAGCGGGAGGCCUGCUUCUCCCUUUCCCACUCCCCCUGCUUGUGUUCCUGCUCUCGCUAUCUCUAUCUAUCAAAUAAAUAUCUUUAAAAAAAAAAAUACUCUUAAAAAAAAAAAAAGAA